CGCACUCGCUUCCUCCUCAUCCAUCCAGGUCGUUGCAAAGAGUAUUCCAGGAAGCAAGAAUCGCUCAGCAUCUCACGCAUCCGGCCUCUCACAGAUCAACCGCAGCGGCAGCUCACCACAUCGACUCGCCCGGCUCGGUAUCCAUGUCUUCUCCCUGCUGAGACGCGGCUGGUUAAAGCCUGAUCGAGAUCUCUACCCGACCAAGACCUCCUCUAUACGCAAAGGCCUCACAUACACGACAAGGCUUUUUGCUAUUUGAGAUCUUUCCCUCGUCAUCCUCGUGCUCCCUUCUUCCCAGAAAUCCCCUUUGUGGACCACUGUAACAAUGCAGAGCAGGAUACCUAAUUCUCCGAAUCCAAUGUCACCCCCUGCAACACGUCGAAUAUCCCUAGGAGGCCGCUCCGUCGGCCAACAGAGUACAGGCUCCCUCACACCUCGAGGCGGAAGCAGUAGCGCCGGACAAUCGCCACUUCAACCACCUCCUCCACCACCGUUUGGCGCGUGCGCCUCCUCUUCCUUCUCGACAGAUGCGGGAAACGCAACCGGGAGGGACUACUAUGAAGGGGAGGACGGAGAGUCAAGCACCAGUCGCGUGGUCAAGGAGGAUCAGAGAGAGGGUGAGGGUGGAGAUGCGAGGUGGAAGUGUGGGCAGUGCGGCAAAACAUUCACCAGACGUGGACACCUGAAGCGUCACGAGGAGAACCACUUCGAAUCCCGCAGAUAUCAGUGCGACUUUUGCAACAAGAGCUUUGCACGUAAUGACGUGAUGCUCCGUCAUCGAGCUGUCCAUCAGCCAGGGCUGCGCGUCAGCGACAACAGUCGCAGCGAGGCGGCUCUGAAGCGUGCGAGGAGGGCGUGUACGCAAUGCUCUAGCGUAAAGAUGAAGUGCGAUGGAGGGCAGCCCUGUGGCCGCUGCAGUCAGAAGAUUGAUGGAGGAUUCAAUUGCUCCUAUCGGACAACCGCCCCACUCAAUCGCGAUGACAUGGAUACGACAGCAUAUUCGGACCAGUCAUCAACUGAACCGAGGCUGCAUCGCUUCAAGUCGUCUGGAUCGACGACUGAUUACCGAUAUCCACAUCAGCAGCCACGUCUACCGCAGGGCCUUUCCCCUUUGCAGAAUCAGGCGAAUCCUCUGGACUAUGCUCAUGUGAAUCAGCAACAGCACCGAUACCCUCACGACAGCCCAGCGUACAGCGGUAGUGGGCGAGAUUCCUCUUCUAUGCCAGGGAGAGGGGGAGUCGGAGGGAAUCACGUGGUCGCGGCCUCGUCCCCUGCGAAUCUUCACGUUGCCUCCAACCCUCCGGAACAAAUAUCGCAAGGGUCCACAUCAGGUGCCCCCUUCAACGUUGACCCAUACGACACUUCUAGCUUGCAACACAUCGCGGAUGACUCCUUUCUGGAACCCUGGAGCAGUGACGGCGUCUUCGAUUGGCUUUUUGCGGCCCAACAGAUCUCGCUGCCCUGGCAGGCUGGCGAAAUGCCCGCCAUCGGGCAGGCGGAUGGGCCUUUUGCACCGCAUAUACCGUCCAUCGGGGAUCCCACAGGCGACCUUUCAGAUACGCCGCCCUUGGUCGCAGCGGCAGCAGCUGCCGCGGCCCAGGAAGAAACCGGCACACGGACGGCGCGGCACUCACCACAGGACGCCACGACCACUCAUCAAUGGCCCAACGGCUUGAGCGUGCCACCGACGCUGGAGCUUACCGAACUUGUCGCGGUCAUUCUCGCGCCACCCUCAAAAGAGACUCGCGCGCUGGAAGACACCUUCCAAGUCAGAGCCCUUGAAGCAGCUGCCCUAGAUGGACUUCUGAUGCUUCCGGCCAAAGCAGACCUCCAGCCUCAACAAGUGGAAGCCACAGAGGCAUCGCUGAGUGCCACUUCUGCCUCCACAAUGAAUCUUUUUGUGCAGCUCUAUUUCGAGCAUUUCGAUCGCAUCUGUCCGAUCCUGCAUCGACCUACUUUCGAUCCGAAUACCUGCAAUGCAAUGCUCUUGGGAGCGGUAUGUGCCAUUGGGGCAACGUACUCGCGGAUCCCGAACACAUCUGAUUUUGCAGGCAUGUUGAUGACGCUUGUGAAUCGAGCCAUCUUCUCAAGACUGCCUCACGACACUCACAUCUUCCGAAAUGUUGCCGUCUUCCAAGCUCUGCUGCUUAACUUCAAUUUCUUUCGAGGAUCUGGCAAGCAGCGGAUGUUGGAGCUUGCUGAAGCUGCUCGCUCUCCACUGACUACAAUGACCCGCAAGUCUCGUCUCUUCGAGCGUAGCCGACAGCCUACAAAUCGGCACACGAAUGCAGCUUCAUCUCUCAGCCCGGCGCAGUCGGAGACUGGUCUCUGGCUCGACUGGGUAGAAGAAGAGACGGGCCGCCGGACCGCUUGGUACUAUUUCAUUGCCGACUUGGAACUCAGUGCGAUCUGGAAGCUGCCACCUUCCUUUGCGCUGAAUGAGCUCAAGGCGGAGCUUCCACAAGAUGAAGUCUUUUGGCGGUGCCCCACCGCGUCAACGUGGAUGCGGAUGAGGCCAGCGAUGAUCGGUCAUCCUGUGUACCUCUCGCAGCUUCACGAUGUGCUGCGCCUGCGCCCACUUGACACGCCUUCAGGACUGGCCGAGAAGCUCGACGAGGUUUUUGGCCCAUCAAGCGCUCAAGGGUUGUUCUUGGCAUACUCGCUGGUGUCCCUGGGCGUCUCUUUACACUCCCUUGAAACGACGUGUCUCUCUGCAGCUGUAGCUUCAGCCACGGAAGACUUUAGCAAGGUAUGCAAGGCCUUAGUAUCCGCUACCCAUUCCAGCAGUCAGCACCGGAGAGCAUCGAGCGCCAGCACCCUCAAAAGUGACACUUCUGCGGGCUCAUCUCCUGCCGACUCAGCAACGGCGGAGCUGCUGCUGCGCUUUGUGCUCCUACGUCAGUGCCUGGACAUAUCUGAGUUGCAGCUCCUCGCAGGUCGAUCAGGCCGUCGAGAAGACAUGCAACGCUCUUUGCAGCACAUCCGUGGCCACCUGGUGCGCGAGCCACACAAGCUCUGGGCAGCUCUCAUUCAUGCGGGCCGCAUCGUGCACCUAUGCACCUGCCACGCCAUCGACUCGAUGUACGAGGGCUGUUUCCUCUUCUACGCCGCCACGACCCUAUUCGUCUGUGCCAAGAUCUGGCCAGACUUUGCCGAAGUGGCCGUGGAAGCCGACGGCGGGAAGAGUCGAAAGAUGAUGACUGUCCAGGUGGAUAGUGAGCAGCCCCUCUCCUUGGACGAGAAGGAAUGGCUUGCCUGGACGGGUAUCAACGCCAAUGGAGCCAUGUCGCAUGGGAACAGCAGUAGCAAUGGCAGUAAUAGUGUUGGGCGCGGCGGCGAGACGAUCAGGAGCAACGUCCUAGCGCGAGGGGAGAGUGCGAACCAGUUCGCUCCUCAGCAUCAGCAUCAUCCUUCUCACCAAGCCUCACACUCGCAGAGCGCUACUCCCGGGUAUACUCACACGCAUCACCCCAGUCGUCACCCAUUGCCGCGUAAGUCCUCCCCUCCAACGUCUCCGAUGACUUCUCUCCUCUCGACGCCCCAACCGGGCCUCUCCUCCACAAGUGCGCUCAUUGCCUGCAUUACACCUACCUUGGCCGGAAUCGGGGAUAUCACCCGUCCUCAAGUUCACGCGGGAAUCCUGAGACACUUUGCCGACCAUCUUCUCAGUCGACCGGCGAGGACGACUUGGCCUAUUGGGAAGCUAUUGGGAAGGAUCAUGGGAGAGAUGGCCGCCGUCUUUGGGCCGUGAGCGUUGGAAAGACGCCUGCGCGUCAUAUCAGUCAGUCUGUACAUGUGUAACUUCACCCCGUCAUGCUAUGCUACUGUACCCAAACAUAAUUCAUCGCAUCGUAAUCGUUUCUCAUCGU